UCAUUAAGCACCAUUUCUCCUUCUCAACUCUCUCUCUCUCUGACUCUGGGUGAACCAGUGAAUUAGUAAUAGUAAGUCUGAUCAGUGGCAGUGCAGUAAACGAGGUGGUCAUAGAGGUCGCAGCUUUCAUCGGGAAGGGAAGGGUCUCAGUAAAACUUGCAGAAGCGCACGUUAACCCGUUCUGUGAAUCUUGACUACUCUCUCCCUCUCUCCAUCCGUCUCUCCCCGGCUAUGCGUGAUAUCUCACUCGGAAAGACAGAGAUAGAGAGAGGGGGGGAGGAGGUACUGUUUGUGCACAGGAAGAAAAAUCAAUACCCAUUUCCAAGGGAGUCUGAAUCGACCUUUUACAGAACAGCCAAGAGAAAAAAAACCCUUAUUUUCUGACUACAGUCUAUGCUCUUAGGAUUUUCUGUAAAAAGACUGAAAGUUUUAGCUUAAAACCCGGGAGUUCUCUUUUGGGAGACAUGUUUUUAUAACAAGUGUGCAAGACUGAAGACUAAAGUGAUAAAUAUUUAGUGAGAUCACGAGAGACAACAUGGAAGGAGGAGCUAGCAGUAGUGGCGCUUCUUGUAUGAUGGGCUUCAACAACGAUAUGACGAUGUCUCUAAUCAGUUCUAAUGUAGAGGCAAAUAAUAAGGCAUGUCUUCCUCUACCUUCGACCGACAAUUCCUUCGGCCAAAGGGCCUCUGCUUUGAUGCCGGAGGAUGGUAAUGGCAACCGCAUGGAAAUCAACAAUAAUUGUAUGAAGGCUAAGAUUGUGGCUCAUCCUCUCUUCCCUCGCCUCUUGUCCGCUUUUGUCAAUUGUCAAAAGGUUGGGGCUCCUCCUGAAGUGGUGGCUAGGUUAGAGGAGGACUAUGUUAAUUCUGAGGCUGCCUUGGUUGGUAGGUUAGGAGCGGAUUGCAUUGGUCAAGACCCUGCACUGGACCAGUUUAUGGAGGCCUAUUGUGAGAUUCUCACCAAGUACAAGCAAGAACUCUCUAAACCCUUCAAAGAGGCCAUGCUUUUCUUCUCAAGGAUCGAAUGCCAGCUCAAAGACCUAGCAGUUUCUUCGUCAGAUUUUGGCGGUCAAAAUGGAUCUUCUGAGGAAGAGGUCAAUGCAAAUGUCGUAGAUCCUCAAGUUGAAGAUCGGGAGCUGAAAGUUCAGCUUCUGCGCAAGUAUAGUGGAUAUCUAGGCAGUCUCAAGCAAGAAUUUCUGAAAAAGAAAAAAAAUGGGAAAUUGCCAAAGGAAGCUCGACAGCGGUUGUUGGAAUGGUGGAGCAGACACUACAAGUGGCCAUACCCAUCGGAGUCACAGAAAGUGGCACUUGCAGAAUCCACAGGUCUAGAUUUGAAACAGAUAAACAACUGGUUCAUCAAUCAGCGAAAACGCCAUUGGAAGCCUUCAGAGGAUGUGCAAUUUGUUGUAAUGGAUGCAACUCAUCCUCACUACUGUAUCGACAAUGUCAUGUGCAAUCCCUUUCCAAUGGAUUGCACAACUCCUAUGCUUCUAUGAUAAUAUUUUCCAGUCACUGUAAUAAUGCAACUAUUUUCAGAAUCCAAUGUUUAUAUUGAAGCGCUUGACGAUCUAGAACUACA